UGAUUCUAGAACGUUUCUGAUUGGCCGUUCGAUUGUUUAUUUGUUCUCACAAUAGUACUUGUAAUAAGCUAGCGUUCAUUUGCGUACUAAUUCUGACUGAGGGCGUUCGUUCGUGUCCUCUGGCCUUGUGAUAUUAUUCUCUGUGGAAUUUUCCUGUCUUGUGCUUCUGUUUCAACUGAAGACAAAGAAGUAUUAGUUUAGUUAUGGCCGACGACCUCAGUAGCGACGAACGAGACGAUAUGGAGUUGGCAGAGGACGAAACCGGCCCGCCAUUGAGAUCCAAAGUUUUGAACGGAGAUCAUGAAAUAGGAGAAACCAAGGUCAGUUCCACAGCUAGAAACACUUCUGUUAGCUCGAGUAGCGGUAAGAGUGGCAAGCACGUGGAAGAAAAUGGCGAAAUUGAAGGAUCAGAGGAAGAAGUCGAGGAAGAAACAGGGGAAUCGGAAGAGGAAAGCUCGAGCGAAGAAGAGUCAUCUUCGGAAGAAUCGUACAGCGACGAUUCGGAGGAAUCUGAGAGGCUCCAGCAAGCAGGGAAGAUAGCUGAAGGUGAGCGCCCUCAGCAUGGUUAUGCUGCAUCUAGUAAAUCACUAUUUGAGAGGAAAGCUCAAGAGGCAAGUGAAACAGGAACAGCUAGAAUCAGACCCAUAGAGCAAGAGAGAGACCUAUUUGUGCCUACCAGUUCUCGACGCAGCACAUUUGAGAAAGCAGCUGCAGAUGAAGUAAAAAAGGUGACACCAAAAAUCAAAGUGGAAGACGAGGAGGUUGACCUGUCAGGAAGAGCAAAAUCUCAUAAACAGCUCUUUGAGGAACAGGCCAGGCUAAGCGCCCAGGUGUCUCCAUCUCUUCCGAGGAAAAUAUUUGGUGAGCAAGAAGGAGAAGUGGAUAUUUCUGGGAAGGCAAGAUCAAAGAAAGAGUUGUUUGAAAAAUAUGCAUCAGAGAAUAAAGCAACAUCACCCGGUGCAGAGAGAAGAAUCCUUGGAGAUGUAGACCUUUCAGGGCGAGCAAAAGCUCAUCGCAAUAUUUUCCAACAAAAGAUAGAGGAAGAGUCCCAAGUCAAAGCAUCUCGCAAGUUUCAUUUAGAGGAAGAUGUCUUUUCUGGCAAGGCAUCAUCGCGACGUGCAAUGUUUGAAAAAUUUGGGUCAUCAAAUGAUGGAAGUCAAAGGGGUUCUAAACGGGUGGAAGAUGAGGAGAUUGACUUGAGUGGACGAGCAAAGUCCCAUCGCCAAAAGUUUGAGCAAUUUGCUGAGGAAGCCUCCAAAGUCCAAACAGCUAGGUCCAAAAGUGAUGAAUUGGAUCUUGUGGGAAAGGCGUCCUCACACAAAGAAUAUUUUGAUGAAAAGGUCGUAGAGGCUGGCAUGAUCAAAACAUCAGAAAAGAAGUUGAGAGAUGAGGAGGAGGAAGCUAUUGCUGGUAGAGCUCGAUCGCACAAGAUGACUUUUGAAGAGAAGGCUGCUAAAGAUUUGGAAGUUCAAACUAGUGAUAAAUCAAGACUGCAAGAAAUACCUGAUAGAAGCACAAGGAAAAAAAGCAAGAAAGAGAAACAUGGAGAUGAACAUGAGAAGAAGAAGAAGAGGCGCAGAUCUUCAUCAAAGUCCAAAGAACACAAAGAAAUUGUGGCACAUGGAGAAGCAACUCCAGAAGACAAGAUUGAGAAUGUGUUUGAAGAAGAAAAAGCUCAAGAUGAAGAAGCAGAGGAGAGAGAAGGAGAGGCAAGGGAAGUCCUUGAGGAUGACAACAAUCAUAAAAUGAAUGGUGAGGAACAUGAAUCAGAUGAAGAGGAACAAAUAGAAGUAAAUGAGACGAUUGAAAAUGAUUUUGGAGGUGAAGUUACAGUCGCAUCUUCAGAUGUAUAUGAGUCCAGUCCAGUUGAUCUCCAUGUUGAAGAAGACACCAAUGAUGGCAAGGAAGAUGAAGAACAUGAACCUAAACAGGUUGAAGAUGAGCCUAAACCAGCCGCAUCUGUUACUAUGCGUGAUGGUGGAGAUGUCCCAAUGGAUUAUCGUGCAAGGAGAGCUUUGAGAGAAAAGAAGAAAGCUAUGGAGGAAGCGAAAGGUAAGGAUUCACAAGAUGGUAAGGGAAAGGAAGUUGAGAAAAGUGAAGUUAAACCUGCAGAGGAAGAAAAAUCCAAAUCAGAAGAAGAUAGAAUGAAAGAUCCGGCUACAAGAAGGGCUGAGAGAAGAGAAAGAAGAAGGCAGAGUACACAUGGUACCUCUGAGGAUGAUGCAGAAGCUCCAUCAGAUGCCUCUUCUGCGAGGAGAACAUCUUUAGCAGCUAGAAGGGCUGAACGAAGAUUGAAAAGUGCUGGCAAGUCUGAGGAGACUGGUAAUGUUGAGAAAUCCACUAGUGUGGACAAAGUAGAAGAAGUGCAAUCUACAAUUGAUGAGAAAAGAGCAGCGCGAAGAGCAGCAACAAGGGCUGCUGAGAAGGCAACAGAAAAGAAAGAGGAAGCCAAAGCUGAUAAGGAAGAAGAGAAGGAAGAUGCAUUGGCACGUAAGAGACAGGAGAGGAGAGAGAGAGCCGAGAGAAGGAGAAGCAGCAGUAAAAGUGAAGCAAUACCUGUUGAAGCCUUAACUAAGAGAGGAUCUACCUCAGAAGAAGACCAAACAAGUAAUACUUCUGAGCAGAAGUCAACAUACACAGCAUCUGUGAAAUCAAGAUUUGAGAAGAAAGGAGGUGAAGAACAAACUUUGAGUACAUCUCGAGUGAGAGAUUCAAAGCCUUCAGAGGCUAAAACCGAGACUGUGUCAGCACGGAAACAAUCAGGAGAUAAUCAGGUAAAUCAACAGGAAAAGAGAGCACAAAGAAAAGAGAAGAAUGAUGAGAUUGACAGUGUCAAAUUGAAAGCAAGUGUCCAGGGAGAGAAUAGUGGUUACAAGCCAAGAGGUGCAAGAGAAACUCUGAACAAGUUUGAGGGAAAGGAGAAUACCAAAGAUACAACUACUAAACCUGUUACUAGGACUAAUCGCUUUGCACCGCCUCAACAAGAGAAAUGUGAGACAUGCACAAAGACUGUUUAUCCAAUGGAGAGGCUUGCUGCUGACAACAAGGUGUUCCAUAAAACGUGCUUUAAAUGUGCUGAGUGCAAAUCAACAUUAAGACUUGGAAACUAUGCUGCCCUACAAGGGAAACUUUAUUGUAAACCGCACUUCAAACAGCUGUUCAAAACCAAGGGGAACUAUGAUGAAGGAUUUGGCCGCGAACAGCACAAAACACAAUGGACCAAGGGUAGAUGAAACAUGUAAUGAGCAGCAAAGGAAAAACCCAAUUGCAUUCUAGAUUUCAUUACUGGUCAUUCGCUUAAGAAAUAUUGAUGUAGACUAAUAGCAAGCAAUUUAGGUCACUAUAAAUCCUUCAACUGUAGUUUCCUCUUUUGCCUCUUGCUUCCAUGAGGCAGUAAACGCCGUCAGGAGGGAGCUAUGUCAGCAACCAAUCUUCCACCCCUUUCAUUAAAAGAGAAUCGAAAUUCUUCUUAAUGAGGAAUUCGGCGAUGGAGGAUGUACAGUUGAAGUAUUUUUAUGAUUGUGUGAAUAGUAAACAGGAGAUUUUUGAAAUAGUUUUGAUAAUUUCACAGUAAAAUUAAUAUCGUUGGAUAAUUCAAACAGUUUUCAGGGGCUGACAUAACAAUGACAGUGUGAGAUCACUCGGAUAGCUUCAAUUAUAAUUCACUGUAAUAUGUGAAUUUUAUGUUAAAUAAUGGAAGCUACAAGCUUUAAUGAAUUUUGCUAUGAAUAGUACAAAGAAUGAAAAGUGCGUGACAUUUGUGCUUUGCAUUUAGAGUAUCGGGUUUAAUAUCUUUUGGUGAAAAUCAAAUCACUUUGUACUGUAAAUAUUUUUGGAAAGAAAAUUUAGCGUGGAGUUGAUUACAGCAUAAUGUGCACUUGCACAUUGACUGGUCACAGUUGUUUCGUAAAUUUUGUUCGACCUGAAGUACUUGUAGCGGGUGGUAUAGCACAUAAAGAGGUAUUUCAUUAAUCAUUUGAUUAUUAAUUUCAGUCAAGUUCAAGAAAAUACUGGCUAACUUUUUUCAGGGAGUAAGUAUUUGUGAUCAGUGUUGCGUGACCCUAGCUACAGAAAAACAUUGUUUGCGUCACGCAAGAUCGAUUAGUUUUCACCUGAAGUACACUUGUUGUUUUAGCCCCACAGAGGUUUGGUGAGUGCAUCAUUGGCCAGGUCAUGACAAAUUCGGUUCUCCUCAGCAUGUCUAAAAUAGUUUAUUUUGAUCAGCAAUAAAUUGGAAAUGAUUUUUAGGAAUAAUUAAAUCCUUGAUCUGCGUCUUUUCUGGCGUGAUUGUGUUGAA